GUUACUCCCUGGCAGGGCUGCGGGUCCCUGGGCGGGCUCUGGUGGCCGCGGGUGCCCCCCGACAUCUCUACGUGGGGGGGGUCAUCCUCUUCGAGGUCCCCGAGGCUGCCGGGGACUGGAAGGUGCUGCAGACCCUCCAGGGGGAGCAGGUGGGGUCCUAUUUUGGGGCCACCCUCUGCGCCCUGGAGCAGGGCGGGGGGACGGUGGCGCUGCUGGUGGGGGCCCCCACCCACUACGAUGGGCGCCGGGGGGGACGAGUGUACCUGUACAGGUGGGACCAGGACUCCCUGCACCCCUCUGGGCAGCUUUGGGGUGCCCCUGGCCACCCCCUGGGGCGUUUUGGGGCGUCCCUGGCUGCACUGGGGGACCUGGACGGUGAUGACCUGCCCGAGGUGGCCGUGGGGGCCCCGCUGGAGGACGAGGAGCGUGGGGCCAUUUACAUCUUUUGGGGGCGGCCCGGGGGGGUGGAGCUGCACCCCCGCCAGAGGCUGCAGGGGGCCGUGGUGGCCCCGGGGCGAUUUUUCGGGCAGGCGGUGGCCGGGGGGCUGGACCUGACGGGGGAUGGGCUGGAGGACGUGGUCGUGGGGAUGGAGGGACACGUCGUGGUGAUGAGCCCCCUGCCCCCCCCCACUCACCCCCUUUCCCAGCAGGAUCCGGGGGUCCCCUGUGACCCCGUGGAGCCACAUCUGGGGGGCUCUGUGGGGCAGGAGCUGAACAGGAGCAUCACUCAGACCUGCUUCACCCCCCACCUGAGGCUGUUCCGCUGCCCCCCCACCCCGCUGACCCCAGGGUUCCCCGUGAGGGUCACGGUCAGUGCUGCCCUGCGGCCCCUCCCCCACAGCAAGGGCCCCGCCCACUCCCGCUUUUGCUCCGCCCUCUGGCUCGCUCUGGCCCCGCCCUUCGUGGAGGUCACGCCCCAAUUGAUCCGAGCCCAGGGGGUCACGGAGGUCGAGCUGCUGUGGGAAGUGAACCCCCUGCCCAGCUACGUGGGGGGAGGGGUGGGGGGGCUGCUCCUCCUCCUCCUCAUCGUCCUCGGCCUCGCCAAGUGUGGCUUUUUCCAGAGGAAUUACCGGGAGCGAAUGGAGCGGGAGGGGGAGGGGCCAGCAGAGGGGGAGAGGCCGGAGGAGGGGGAGAGAGAGGGGGAGGAGAGUCCCCCAAGUGGGGAAACCCCCAAAGAGGGGGACUCCCCCUCCUGACCUGCCCCGCCCCCCUCCCUCACCGGGUAAAAGCGGUUCUGAGCCCCUCCCACCACCAAAGGGGUUUCCAGCGCCUUCCCCACCCCAAU